AUGGUGCUUUCCAUCCCUCAAGUCGUCGGCCGUCUGGCUCUGGUUCUUGGUCUUCUACCCAAUCUUGUCCUCGCCCAAUGCGGCCCUGAUAACGAUGGAGCUCGCUGCCCUUUGAACGUCUGCUGUUCCUCGGCCGGAUACUGCGGAACGUCAAGUGUGUACUGUGGUGAUGGUUGUCAAUCAACGUACGGGAGCUGUUCUGUACCUACAGUUCCAUCUUGCUCUUCUGGCGGUAAGAGUGCGACUAAUGGCCAUCGCGUUGGAUACUGGCGCGUACAGCAGGCUUGGGACCGGUCUUGCGAUGUUGUCCUUCCUUCUCAAAUCCAGACCAAUGGAUUGACCCAUCUUAUCUUGGCGUUUGCCGAUUUCGACUCUAGCAGUUUCGCAGUGGGCGCCCAGAACUCUCAAGAUGUCGACUACUAUAAGCAGUUCACCGCUUUACAGACUAGUUCGUUGCAGACGUGGAUUGCCAUUGGUGGCGGCAGUUUCUCAACUGAGACUUGGUCUUCCAUGGCGGCCUCAGCGAGCUCCCGAUCUGCCUUCAUCUCGUCUCUCAAGUCCUUCAUGGAGACUUAUUCCUUCCAGGGCGUUGACCUUGAUUGGGAAUUUCCAGCGACCACCGAUGCAGCAAACCUGGUCUCUCUUGUCCAGGAACUCCGAGCUGCCUUUGGAAAGGACUAUGGCAUCUCAGCGGCGGUACCAGCGGACUGGGGUAGCAUCCAGGGCUUCAACGCAGCCGGUAUGGGCAAAUACGUCGACUUCUUCAACUUUAUGGCCUACGAUUUACAUGGUUGGGGAAUUGAUCAAGAGCCAGCAAAGAGUGUUGUCACCUACCAGGCCAGCAUAGUUGACAUCGCCAACGAUCUAAUGCCGCUUUGGGCCAAUCAGACCGAUCCGUCUCUCAUCAACCUCGGCAUCCCCCUGUACGGCCGCGGGUACACCCUCUCCUCCUCCAGUUGCAAAGAAGCAGGUUGCGCUGCAUCGGGGCCAAGCGAAGAAGGUUCCUGUGUCAAAGAUCCGACAGGCGUCAUGGUGCUGAGUGAUAUCAAGAAGGCGGUUGCAGCCAAUCAAGCUACUGUGGAGCUUGACAGCGAGGCUAUGCAGAAGUAUGUGACUUGGGGAGGUGAUCAGUGGAUAGGCUAUGACGACGCUGAUACGUUGGCACUGAAGAUGGCAUGGGCUGAUGGUCUAUGUUUGGGCGGUGCUGUGUUUUGGGCACUCGAUAAUAAUGGCGGUGCGUGGGGUGCUCAAGGUAAAAGUCCCUGCAAGGCGUAA